AUGCCUACAUUGAGAGGAAGAGAGAAUGAAAGGGAGAAGAACAAGAGAGCGAGAUGGAAGAGGAGAGGCAAGUGUGAGCGCGGCGUCAAGCGCCAUCACCCGUCCCAAGCGAACGUGUUCCAGGUGUUCACCAGAAAGAACUACCGGAAACAGUGGAUAGACUACACAUGUCCCGAGUAUACCAUCUUUGACCCCAGGCUCUGCGCAUGUGUGGAAAGCCGGAGGUCGGAACCCCAUCGGCAACAAAUGGACUCAACUGGCAUGAACCCGGGCCGGGGUUCAGGAGGAAAAAUGAACUCUAACCAAGGUCAAGGUCAGGGUUAUGGCCAGGGUCAAGGACAAGGCCAGAAAAUCCAGCCGCGGGGAUUCCAGUCCUUUAUACAUUCUUCCCUCAGGGAUUUUACUCAGCUGUCAAAAUAUGUGCCCACAGCACGACCCCCUUUUUUCUUUGCCUAUUUCUCUUGGAACGACUGUUACCCUCUGAAGAAGGAGCCCGUGAAAGCUCCCGUUGCCAUCGUUAAAGGUGUCAGGAACAACGAGCAGGACGCUGGAAAACCUGCUAAGAUCGUGCAGAGCGUUGAGCCUCUGAAGAAGGAGCCCGUGAAAGCUCCCGUUGUCAACGUUAAAGGUGUCAGGAACAACGAGCAGGACGCUGGAAAACCUGCUAAGAUCGUGCAGAGCGUUGAGACAGCUCCCAAGUACACACUGAGAAACAAUGGCGGGGGCAAAGGCUACCAACAGCAAUACGAGAACGGGGGGCGUGGCAGUGGCGGACAGAAACAGCAGAUUGGAAGCAACGAUUAUGAGGGGAAUAAGUGGUUUGGCGACAACGACUACGAUUAUGGGCAGUCGGGGAAUAACAACGGGAAGAGCAGCCACGAUAACAAUCAGAGGCAGGGAUCCGAUUCCAACCAGCGAUACGGAAACAGCAACAACAACAACUACGGCUCCAAGAAGCAGUCAGGAAAUAAUUACGGCUCUAAACAGCAACAGCAACAACAGCAGGAGCAGUAUGGAAAUAACGAUUACGGCUAUAAACAACAAAAUGGCGGAAGUGGUGACUAUGGUAACAAACAACAAAGCGGUGGAAAUGGUGACUAUGGCUACAAGCAACAAAAUGGCGGAAAUGUCGACUAUGGAAGCAAUAAUAAACAGAACGGAAAUGGUGACUAUGGCUUCAAGCAACAAAAUGGCGGAAAUGCUGACUAUGGUAACAAACAGCAAAGCGGUGGAAAUGGUGACUAUGGAAACAAACAACAAAGCGGAAAUAGUGACUAUGGCUUCAAACAACAAAGUGGUGGAAACGGUGACUAUGGCAACAACAAACAGUACGGAAAUAGCGACUAUGGUAGCAAUAAACAAAAUGGGAAUAGUGACUAUGGUAACAAACAACAACAACAACAACAACAGCAACAGCAUGGCAAUGGCAAUGGUGACUAUGGCUCCAAACAACAGCAACAACAACAAUAUGGUAAUAACGACUACGGUUCCAAGCAACAAGGUGGCAACAACGAUUACGGAUCUAAGCAGCAAUAUGGAGGCUCUGAUUAUGAAUCCAAGCAAAACUAUGGCAACAAUGAUUACGACGGCAGUCAGCGAUACGGAAGUGUCGACUACGACGCUAAGCAAGGAAAUAACGGCAAUUUUGAUUACGAAUCCAAACAACAAGGAAAUGGAAACUAUGGUCAGAAACAGGGAAAUCAAGGAAACAAAUAUGGCGGCGAGGAAAGCUAUGACAAAGAUCAGACCGGAGACUCUGCCCCAGAACCGGACCAGACAGACUGCUACCUCCACAGACCAGCCUAUGACAUCACCCACUUCGAGAGAUGGACAGACGGCAAGUGGGAAGAGGAAGACUGCAACUAUCCCUUCUACACAGGUCUGGUGUGGAACCAGGAAUCUUGCCGCUGUGAGUGGGGACCCAACAGGACCAUCGCCACACCCAUGUUGGAGAGUAGGCAGAUCAAAUACCAGCCGUGGAAGAAGCAGGUGGUUGUCGCCAUUAUGACAGAAGACACAGAGAUGAUGUCAGAAUUCUGUGUACUCAAGAAACCUGUUACUCAGUGGACCAAGCUGGACGUUCGCUACGGUGACAGUUACCUGGAAGUGAUGGCAGACGGCGAGAUCUGUGUGGAGAGUGAGAGGUUUUACGGUAUGUGGCUCCUGUAG